UGUAGGCAAGAGAGGGUAUAACGCAAUCUUUCUCUUGCACUUUCUACAGUCAGAAACAGGCAACUGAGAACAAAACUGAACCAAGAACAGAUAACUGAGGAGUUAUCAAGAUAACACUUCCUGGUUCCAAUUCUAUCUGUCUUCAGGUGCAGUGUCAACAUGAGGACUUCGCUGACACAUUUGGACUUUCUCUACUUUCAUUAACAUCGGGUUGUCAUUGUUCAUUUACGGUUUUAAACUUUAUUUAAUUAAACAAUUUAAACUAUAAUUUGAACUACAUUGUCCUCCGUGCAUUCCAACGAAAUCUUCAUUAGUUCGAAUGAGAGUUCUUAGCCCUCAGUGCACGAGGAGGAAGAUCAGAUACGAGUAGCGCUUCAAAAAGUCGCAGCAGUCAAGUGGAGACUACAGAAGAGGAUACGUGUAUUUCAGUUGAUAAUUGUCAACGCGAAAGACACCGAAGAUGUCGGAUUCAAUGUCCAGCUUUUUGCACAUUGGGGACAUCGUUUCCCUUUACGCGGAGGGCUCUGUCAAUGGUUUUAUAAGUACACUUGGGUUAGUGGAUGACAGAUGUGUGGUAGAGCCAUCUGCAGGGGACCUGGACAAUCCCCCCAAGAAGUUCAGAGACUGCCUCUUCAAAGUGUGUCCCAUGAACCGCUACUCUGCACAGAAACAGUUCUGGAAAGCCAAGCAGGCCAAGCAUGAGAAGGACAAGAUUGCUGAUGUGGUGCUACUUCAGAAACUACAGCAUGCCUCUAAUCUGGAGCAAAAACAGAACGAGACCGAAAACAAGAAGGUCCAUGGCGAUGUAGUAAAAUAUGGCACUGUCAUUCAGCUGCUGCAUAUGAAGAGUAAUAAAUACCUGACUGUGAAUAAGCGUCUGCCUGCCCUGCUGGAGAAGAACGCCAUGCGGGUCACCCUGGACGGGACGGGGAAUGAGGGCUCCUGGGUGUUCAUCCAACCCUUCUGGAAGCUAAGGGCCAACGGAGACAAUGUAGUGGUGGGAGAUAAGGUGAUCCUGAACCCAGUGAAUGCAGGCCAGCCCCUACACGCCAGCAACUAUGAGCUGUCCGACCACACUGGAUGCAAAGAGGUGAACUCUGUGAACAGCAACACUAGCUGGAAGAUCAACCUGUUCAUGAUGUUCAGUGACCAUAAGGAUGAGGUCUUGAAAGGAGGGGAUGUGGUGCGGUUGUUCCAUGCGGAGCAAGAGAAGUUCCUGACCUGUGACGAGUACAAGGUCAAGCUGCAUGUGUUCCUCCGUACCACCUUGCGCCAGUCUGCUACCUCUGCCACCAGCUCCAAUGCCCUGUGGGAAGUGGAGGUGGUACAUCAUGAUCCGUGUCGAGGAGGGGCUGGACACUGGAACACUCUCUAUCGUUUUAAACACCUUGCCACAGGGAGUUACCUGGCAGCUGAGGAAAAUCCGGGUUACAAAGGUGACGGCGUUGAAAUCCAGACGUCGGUGAUCGACGAUACGCAGGACAGUAGAAGAAAACUGAAGAUGUUGGGCGAGAGGAUCAAGUACAAGCUGUCGGCUAUGCCACAUGGGAAUGACAUUGCCUCUUUGUUUGAGCUAGACCCCACAACUCUGCAGAAAACAGACUCCUUUGUGCCAAGGAAUUCGUAUGUGCGCCUCAGACACCUAUGCACCAACACGUGGAUCCAGAGUACCAACGUGCCCAUAGAUAUAGAUGAGGAGAGACCUAUUAGACUCAUGCUGGGCACCUGUCCUACCAAAGAGGAUAAGGAAGCCUUUGCCAUCGUGUCAGUGCCAGUGAUGGAGAUCCGGGACCUGGACUUUGCCAACGAUGCCAGUUUCAUGUUGAGCACCGUAGUGGACAGGUUUAACGAGGGAUUUAUCAGCCCCAAUGACAGAAGGUUUGCCAUUAAGCUGCUAGAGGAUCUGGUGUUCUUUGUGGUGGACACGCCCAACAGCGGUCAGGUUGUGCUAGAUGUGGUGAUGACCAAGGUCAACCGAGAGAGACAGAAACUCAUGAGGGAACAAAACAUCCUCAAACAGAUCUUUGGGAUCCUGAAGGCCCCGUUCAAGGAUAAAGGGGCAGAAGGCCCACUGCUGCGAUUGGAGGAGCUGUCAGACCAGAAGAAUUUCCCUUACCAGUACAUGUUUCGCCUCUGUUACCGGGUGCUGCGACAUUCACAGCAGGACUACCGCAAGAACCAGGAGCACAUAGCCAAGCAGUUUGGGUUGAUGCAGUCUCAGAUUGGCUAUGACAUCCUGGCUGAGGACACCAUCACUGCCCUGCUGCACAACAACCGCAAGCUGCUGGAGAAACACAUCACUAAGAAGGAGGUGGAGACCUUCGUUAGCCUGGUCCGCAAGAACAGGGAACCCAGGUUUCUGGACUACUUGUCAGAUCUGUGUGUGUCCAACAACGUGGCCAUUUCUGUAACUCAGGAGUUGAUCUGUAAGUGUGUGCUGGAUCCCAGGAACCAAGACAUUCUCAUCAAGACCGAACGGCGCGUGCCCAAAGAGAUGCCCCAUGCCACUGAAUUCAUGGGCAUGGAGGAGUAUGCUGACGAUGAUGAGGUGUGGCUGGUCUGGACUGACAAGACCAAUGAGAAGCAAGAGAAGGGCAUCAGACAACUAGCCCAGGAGGCCAGACAGGGGAACGCCCAUGACGAGAACGUGCUCAGAUACUAUAGGUACCAGCUGAAGCUGUAUGCUCGGAUAUGUCUGGACCGCCAGUACCUGGCCAUAGGUGAGAUCUCUAAGCAGCUGGAUGUGGAACUCAUCUUCCUGUGUAUGAUGGACGAGACGCUGCCCUUUGACCUCAGAGCCUCCUUCUGCAGACUCAUGCUGCACACGCACGUCGACCGAGACCCUCAGGAGCUGGUGACCCCUGUCAAGUUUGCACGUCUGUGGACAGAGAUCCCAACCUCCAUCACAAUUAAAGAUUAUGAUUCCAACAUGGAUGACUUGCGGGACAAUAAGAAGAACAAGUUUGCCAACACCAUGGUGUUCAUGGAGGAGUACCUCAACAACGUCCUCAAUGACGACCUGCCUUUCGCUGACGAGGAGAAGAACAAACUCACCUAUGAGGUGGUGAGCCUGGCCAGACACCUCAUCUACUUUGGCUUCUACAGUUUCUUUGAGCUGCUGAGGUUGACACGCACUCUUCUGGGAAUCAUUGACUGUAUUCCCAACCCUUCCCUUCACCCUGUGCUACAGGACGAUGGCAGUGGAAAGAACAUGAAGCGUUCCAUCCAUGGCGUGGGUCAGAUGAUGUCCACCAUGGUACUGACCAGGAAACAGUCCAUGUUUGGAGGUCCAGGGAGGAGUGUUUCCAUUAUAGAAGGACCGAACCGCAGCAAGGACAGCAUCGGCAAACAGGACAUCACCGUCAUGGACACCAAGUUGAAAAUACUGGAAAUCCUGCAGUUUAUCCUGAAUGUCCGCCUGGACUACCGGCUCUCCUUCCUGCUGUCUGUCUUCAAGAAAGAGUUUGUUGAUGUUUAUCCCAUGGCAGAUGCCGAUGCUACAACAUCAAUGGAGCAAGCAGCCACCAUCAACCUGCAGCACAUAGGAGAUCAGGCGGAGGCCAUGUUUGGUGUGGGGAAGGGGAACAGCAUACUAGAGGUGGAUGAUGAGGGAGGUCGAAUGUUCUUGAGGGUGUUGAUCCACCUCACCAUGCAUGAUUACCCUCCACUGGUGUCUGGGGCCCUCCAGCUGCUCUUCAAGCACUUCAGCCAGAGACAGGAGGUGCUGCACACCUUUAAACAGGUCCAGUUGUUGAUCUCGGGGCAGGAUGUUGAUAACUACAAGCUGAUAAAGAGUGACCUUGACCUUCUCCGCACCAUGGUGGAGAAGUCUGAGCUCUGGGUGGACAAGAAGAGCGGCUCUGGAGGAGGGGAGGGGAAGAAAGACAAAAAUGAAAAUGUAGAGAUGGACUUAGAGGAUGUGACCCUGAAGAAAGAGCAUUCGGAUAAGAGCAAUGAGAACUACCAGAAAGUCAGAGAGAUCAUGGAGCGUCUGAAUAAGAUGUGCAGCACAGGGGUGUGGAAAAAGCAGCAGAGGCUCCUGAAGAACAUGGGAGCCCACAAAGUGAUGCUGGACCUGCUGCAGGUGUCAUAUGAUCAGGUGAGGGAUCAUGACACCAAGAUGCAAGGGAUCAUCAGGUGCACUCACCUGUUCCUGCAGAAGUUCUGCAUGGGGAACCUGGAGAACCAGGUGCUGCUUCAUAAGAACCUCAGCCUCUUCCUGAACCCAGGACUCAUGGAGGCUGAGACGGUUCAGCACAUCUUCAGUAAUAACUACCAACUGUGUACAGAGAUCAGUGAGAACGUGCUGCAGCACUUCGUCCACUGCCUGGCCACUCACGGACGCCACGUCCAGUACCUCAACUUCCUGCACACCAUCAUCAAGGCUGAGGGGAAAUAUGUGAAGAAGUGUCAGGACAUGAUCAUGACUGAGUUAACCAACGCCGGUGAGGACGUGGUGGUGUUUUAUAAUGACAAGGCGUCAUUUUCCACCAUGCUGGAGCUGAUGGCAGAGUCCAGGGAGGGGGUUCAGGAGCACAGCCCCCUGCGCUACCACAUCUCUCUGGUGGAGCUGCUAUCUGCCUGCGCUGAGGGCAAGAACGUUUACACAGAGAUCAAAUGUACCUCGCUGCUGCCCCUAGAGGACGUGGUGAGAGUGGUCACACACGAGGAUUGCAUCACAGAGGUGAAGGUUGCCUAUGUGAACUUUGUGAAUCACUGCUACGUAGACACAGAGGUAGAGAUGAAGGAGAUUUACACCAGCAACCACAUCUGGAAACUGUUUGAGGACUUCAUCGUGGACAUGGCCAGGGUGUGUAACAAGAGAGAGAAGCGUCUGACUGACCCAAUCCUGGAGAAGUACAUCAUCAACGUGGUGUUUGACACCAUCAAUGCCUUCUUCAGCUCCCCCUUCUCUGAAAACAGCACCUCUCUACAGACCCACCACACCACAGUAACGCAGCUGCUCCAGUCUAGCAUGCGUCUGCUGGAAUGUCCCUGGCUGCAGCAGCAACACAGAGGCCUGGUGGAGACCUGCAUCCGUACCCUGGCUAUGACAGCGAAGAACCGCUCCAUAUCCCUGCCCCUGGACCUGGAGUCUCAGAUCACCACCAUGCUGAGCAGCAGUUCCCUCAACUCUCUGUCCCGCUCCAACCCCAACUACAAGAGCUCCACCCGCUCCAGCCGCCCCUCCGCCCCCAACAACCCCUGGGACUACAAGAACAUCAUUGAGAAGCUGCAGGACAUCAUCGGGACUCUGGAGCAGCGUCUGAAGCCGCUGUUGAACGCAGAGCUGUCUGUUCUGGUGGAUGUCCUGCAGCAGCCUGAACUCCUCUUCCUGGAGGGGACGGAUGCACGGCAACGCUGCGAAUCAGGAGGCUUCAUCUCAAAACUGAUUCAGCACACUAAAGCCCUGAUGAACUCCGACGAGAAGCUCUGUAUCAAGGUUCUGAGGAUUCUGCAGGAGAUGCUCAUACGCACACUGGACUUUAACGAGAAGGGGAUUGCACUGAGGAAGGUGCUGCUACAGAACUACCUGUUCACCAACAAGAAGAACAACAAGGCAGAGCUGGUUGAACUUGGAGCAACAGGUGCUGAGCAGGAAAGGGACUGGGUGGCUGUAGCUGCUGUUCAGUGUCAUCUGGACAGGGAGGGUGGGACUAAGCUCUUCACCGACCUCAUAAUGAGUACCAAGAACAACAAGAUAUUCCAGGAGAGCAUCCAGAUGGCCAUAUGUCUGAUGGAGGGGGGCAACACAGAGAUACAGAACUCCUUCUACAAGCUGAUGAUGGGGGACAACAAGUCAGAGAAAUUCUUCAAGGUCCUCCACGACCGGAUGAUAAACGCUCAGAUGGACAUCAAGGCCAACGUAUCAGUCAGCGUGGGAGAGAUGACUAACAAAGACCUUCAGACUGGCUCUGAUGGGUCGGUUCUACCUGGCUCCGUUGUCCCGGCCUCUGAGUCUGAUCAGCAAGAGACAGAGAUGGGCCCUGCAGUUAUCAUCAUGAAACCCAUCCUACGCUUCCUCCAGCUGCUCUGUGAGAAUCACAACCAGGACCUACAGAACUUCCUGCGCUGCCAGAACAACAAGACCAACUACAACCUGGUGUGUGAGACACUGCAGUUUCUGGACGUCAUGUGUGGCAGCACCACAGGAGGCCUGGGCCUGCUGGGCCUCUACAUUAACGAGAGCAACGUGGUCCUCAUCACCCAGACCCUGGAGACGCUCACAGAGUACUGCCAGGGCCCCUGCCACGAGAACCAGACCUGUAUAGUGGCCCAUGAGUCCAACGGCAUCGACAUCAUCACAGCCCUCAUACUGAAUGACAUCAGUCCUCUGUGUUGUUACCGCAUGGAGAUGGUGCUGCAGCUCAAGGACAACGCCUCCAAGCUGCUGCUGGCUCUGAUGGAGAGUCGCCAUGACAACGAGAAUGCAGAGAGGAUACUGUUUAACCUCCGACCUCGGGAACUGGUAGAGGUGAUAAAGAAAGCCUAUCAGCAGGAGAGUGAGUGUGAAGUUGGAGUGGUGUCACCUCAAGAGGUCGGCCACAACAUUUACAUCCUGGCACUUCAGCUGGCGAGGCACAAUAAGAUCCUGCUCAAUCUGCUGAAACCUGCAAAGAGGACCGAAGCAGGAGAGGAGGGUAUAUCCUCUAUGCUGAACCUGAACAACAGACCUCUCUCUCAGAUGUUGAAAUCUACAGUGCCGGUGGAGAUCGAGGAGCAGGACCCACUGGAGUUCUAUGACCAACACACUUCACAGAUAGAGAUUGUGCGUGAGGACCGCAGCAUGGAGCAGAUCGUGUUCCCCAUUCAUCCCAUCUGUGAGUUCCUGAUGGAGGAGUCCAAGUUCCGUGUGUUCAACACCACUGAGCAGGACGAGCAGGGCAGCAAGGUCACACACUUCUUCCAACAGGCCUCCUUCCUCCACAACGAGAUGGAGUGGCAGAAGAAGCUUCGCAGUAUGCCGGUGCUGUUUUGGUUCUCUCGCAGGAUGAGCACCUGGGGCAGCAUCUCCUUUAACCUGGCCGUCUUCAUCAACCUCAUCAUCGCGUUUUUCUACCCCUACGACUCAGGCCAAGGUGCGAUAGACGACUCAAUGCUGUCCAUGCUGUUCUGGGGCUUCCUGGGUCUGUCUGUCAUGGGAAUGUUCUCCCAGGGUUACGGCCUCAGGCCCUUCACCGUGGCCCUUAUACUGCGCUCCAUCUACCACUUUGGCAUCGGUCCCACUCUCAUCCUACUGGGAACCCUCAAUCUGAUAAAUAAGAUAGUGUUUGUGGUGAGCUUUGUGGGCAACAACGGGACAUUUAUCAUGGGCUACCGUGCGAUGGUGAUGGACGUGGAGUUCCUGUAUCACCUGGCCUACGUUCUGACCAGCACCCUGGGCCUCUGUGUCCACGAGCUGUUCUACAGCUUCCUGCUGUUUGAUCUGAUCUACCGAGAGGAGACGCUGUUCAACGUGAUAAAGAGUGUGACCCGGAAUGGGCGCUCCAUCCUGCUCACUGCCCUGCUGGCCAUCAUCCUGGUCUACCUGUUCUCCAUCGUGGGCUUCCUCUGCCUCAAGAAUGACUUCAUCAUGGAGGUGGACCCACUGCCUCAGAUAACCUCAGGGCGACAUGGCAAUGAGGAGGCAUCCCAAGACUUCCUCAACACCUGCAGUAGAGAUGGAGUCAGCUGCACUGCCAAGGCAGGACUCCCUGCUGAACCUGAGGCAGAGGAGAACAAUUCGGAGCGGGCCUGUGACACUCUGCUCAUGUGCAUCGUCACCGUGCUGAACCACGGCUUGAGGAACGGUGGCGGGGUGGGAGACGUGCUACGCAGGCCCUCCAAAAACGAGCCACUGUUCCCAGCCCGCGUCAUCUACGAUCUCCUCUUCUACUUCAUUGUCAUCAUCAUCGUACUCAACUUGAUCUUUGGUGUCAUCAUCGACACCUUCGCUGACUUGCGUAGUGAGAAACAGAAGAAAGAGGAGGUCCUCAAGACCACCUGCUUCAUCUGUGGUCUGGAGAGGGACAAGUUUGACAAUAAAACGGUGUCUUUUGAGGAGCACAUAAAGUUGGAACACAACAUAUGGAACUACCUGUAUUUCAUCGUGCUCGUUCGCGAGAAGAACAAGACGGACUACACUGGACCAGAGAGUUAUGUGGCCCUCAUGAUAAAGAGUAAGAACCUGGACUGGUUCCCCCGGAUGCAGGCCAUGUCCCUUGUGGUGACGGAUGGAGACGCUGACCAGAACGAGAUGAGGAACCUGCAGGACAGACUGACGUCCACUAUGAACGUGGUCAGCCAACUCACAGGACAGCUAACAGAGCUCAAAGAGCAGGCUAGUGUUUCCAGGAGGAUGCCCCUGGCCUGGCUGGCUGACAUACUGUUUCCUGUGUAGAUGACGGAUCAGAGGAAGAGGCGGCAGCGGAUGGGCUUUGUGGAUGUCCAGUCAGGAGGAGGAGCUGGUGCUGCUAGCAUGUCCCCCAGUGUUGCUGGAGGAAACCAUCCGAUGUCCAACAAACCCUGAUGGAUGUCCCGUCUUACUGUGCCACCACGCUUUGCCAAAAGACUGAGUCCACUAAGCCUAUCGAUACUAUCCAAGAUCAGCCAUCAAUCACAUAUUAAACAAAAAUGUUUUAGUUGUGACUGACGCUGACAGGACUGAGUUACUGAGGUUGGGUUCUUUGUAAUUCCCCUUAAAAGGGUUUCAACGCUUCCAGUAAUGUCUGGAGAAAGAAAGAACAUGAUCAAUCUCUGUUCUUGGUCCAUGCAAUCAGAGCAAUUGAUUAAUGGCAUUGCAUUGUCGCAAACACACCUCAGAUGACAACAUUGGAAAGUGAUACUACGGCAAAGCAGGAAGCAACACGUCCAUCCAUUAUAUUAGAAAUAGAGUAACGAUGUACAGAUUACUACAGUAGGUCCAUGACUAGCACCAAAUGUUUGUCUGAAGCACGCAAAGAUUUGGUUUGGAAUACGUCUACUUGUCAAUGUCUCCAUUGUAUUGGCCCCUCUUAGAGAAAUGGAAACUUGAAUGUUAUCUUCUGAAAGCACAUCAGUAAAAUGUCUUUGAUUUUAA